AUGGGCUUUAAAUGCAAAUUAUGUGCAAGAGAGUAUGUGAGGAAGGAAGGUCUUAGGUACCAUAUGCAACGGAAGCACCCAGUGGUGGACGUGCCUGCAAAUUUCGUUUGUGAAAUCUGUGGAGUGGCCUGGCGGUGGCAAUUUGAGUUGAAUAAACAUGCGAAAUCCGUCCAUAAAAAACCCUAUGGAUGCCACAUCCCUGACUUGUUAACUUCCAGAGGGUACCCGGCAUGCCGCUUGACUUUCGGUCGACUAAGCCAGCUCUGGUGGCAUGCAUGCGUCGCCCAUAAGAGCGUUUGUGACAAAAGGCUACUUCGCCAAAUCAUGGCCCGAACCGAAGUGCGGGCCGCCAUGCCCGCUGUCUGGUCCCCCUCGCUUGCAGGUACUCCUACGACUGCGGAGAGCCCCGCACUUCCGGAGAGCCCCGCACUUCCGGAGAGCCAGACAAUCGCGGAGAGCCCGACAAUCGCGGAGAGCCCGACAAUGGCGGAGAGCCCGACAGUGGCUGAAAGCCCGACAGUGGCUGAAAGUCCGACAGUGGCUGAAAGUCCGAUUGUCUUUACAGUUCCUGAGGAUCUCACCUCGGGGAAUUCCACUCCCGGGAGGUCUGCAACGCUAGACCGACCACCCUCCCACCAGGCUUUCGACGAACCGUUGGGGUCUGGGGCCGGGACCAAACUAACCCCAGUGGGUCGACCGCCAGUGGUCGAAGACACACCGUUAAUCCGCCCGACGGCAACCACUAAGAGGUCGGGAAUGAGUUACCUGCCGAGCUUCAACUUGAGUUACCCGGCGUCAGGCAGCCUCUCUGUAGCACUUGACGUUCAGGUCUCGACACCCGAGAGAGCAAUGAUGACUGGAGUAGGAGACGCUGCUGGUGAAAAAGCUCGUGAAGAAGCAGCUGGAAAGGGUGAAGUAGGAGCAGAUGAAGGUGAGGAAGUUUCCUUGAACGAGGAGUCGCCUAAGGCUCCAUUGGUAGCAAUAUCUGCCAGUUUGUUUGACACACUGUCGCAGCACGUGGGGACGAAUCAUGCAGUGCCGGAAGGAGUAAAACCGGAGCAGGCGAUUUGUCCAUUUGACGACUGCGAGGAAGUCUUCAACGCUCGCGGCACGUGGCUGGCUCACUUGCAGAAGCACGAGGAUCCGCCAUUUGGGUGUGAGCAGUGUCUGCGACGGUUUGUCACCUUCAAGAAGUUGGUGGAACACUGGAAAAGCUCCGAUACGUGCGAAAGGGCGAAGCUGAAACGUAACCGGCAGCCGACCGAUGGUCCUAUAUAUAGCUGCCACAUGUGCGACAAGUUGUACAGGCAGCGAGGCAGUCUUAACAGCCACCUACGCUCCACUCACUCGACAGAUGCCAAGGUUUUAAAGUGCCCCUAUUGCGACUAUACCUCGAUCUACAAAACCACCAUGCAACGGCACGUACUCAGUGAAGAAAGACGCGCGAAAACGAGUGGCACCACCGAUCCGGAACUGUGGCAAAGUGUGGAGGUUAGGAAGGAACCCACUGAAGACCCAGAACGGAAACUAUUUGAAAUGAGACCAACCCGCCCCGCACCAAAAUAUGCCCAGUUGUUUCAAGAAGAAGAGCUCCCCUCGACGGCUCUCGACUCCCCCCAAUUUCCAGAUGAGCUUCCUGACACCUCUGCUGCAACUGACGGAAGCCUUGCGAUGCAGGCAGAAAUUCUGACCGAGAGCACCACGACGGACGCGAUGGCGAGCGCAAGUGUCACGUAUGGUCGGAUGAUGGAAGCGAGCAUGAAGGAGUCGAGGUGUGACGAAGGAGUCGAGGCACGAUGA